UGACACCCGAUCUGUUUCAGUUCGGUCCGAACAAAAAAAUAAAAAUCUUAACCCCUCCUUGACCAUAUUAUUUUCCUCUCAAUUCACCAUUGACGAUUGAGAAGAAAGCUAUGGCGGCACCGAUUGUUAACGCUGAGUACGUUAAAGAGAUCAACAAGGCUCGUCGUGAUCUCCGGUCCAUCAUCUCCAGCAAGAACUGUGCUCCGAUCAUGCUUCGAUUGGCAUGGCACGAUGCUGGAACCUAUGAUGCGCAGACGAAGACAGGGGGACCUAAUGGGUCUAUAAGGAACGAAGAGGAGUACACUCAUGGUGCUAAUAGUGGUUUAAAGAUCGCUCUUGAACUCUGUGAGGGAGUGAAGGCUAAACAUCCCAAAAUCACAUAUGCGGAUCUAUACCAGCUUGCUGGUGUGGUAGCAGUGGAGGUUACUGGUGGACCUGACAUCAGUUUCCAACCUGGGAGAAAAGAUUCAAAUGUUUGCCCUAGGGAAGGAAGACUUCCUGAUGCUAAAAAAGGUACCGUGGAUCUUUAUAUCAUGGAAUAUGAUGAUCUUUCUCUAUUAAUUGACCCUGUUUUUUUUUUUUUUUUUUUUGUAGAUUUCCAACAUCUUAGAGAUGUCUUCUACCGCAUGGGAUUAUCUGAUAAGGAUAUUAUAGCACUCUCAGGGGGUCAUACUCUGGGAAGAGCUCAUCCAGAGAGGUCUGGCUUCGAUGGACCUUGGACUCAAGAGCCUCUGAAGUUUGAUAACUCCUACUUCGUGGAACUGCUAAAAGGAGAAUCCGAGGGCUUGUUGAAGCUUCCAUCUGACAAGACUCUAUUGGAAGAUCCAGAGUUUCGUCGCUAUGUUGAGCUUUAUGCUAAGGAUGAAGAUGCAUUCUUCAGAGACUACGCAGAAUCUCACAAGAAACUCUCUGAGCUCGGUUUCAACCCCAACGCCUCCGCGGCCAAAGCUUGUUCAGACAGCACUGUUCUGGCUCAGGGAGCAUUCGGGGUUGCUAUUGCGUCUGCGGUCGUUGCCUUGAGUUACUUUUACGAGAUCCGAAAGAAGAUGAAGUAAAAAGAGCCACGAAGCAAAAGAUUAUCUUAUCUUUGCAUUAAUGAAUACUAUCAAUCAUCUUAUAGAACGUGUACUGCUGCUACAAAGAUGUUAAAACUCUUUAAUCCAGGUCAUACUAUGUUGUAGUAAAAAAGACUAAGUCAAUGGUUUGGUUUCAUGACUG